GUACGUACGGGCAGAAGCAUGCGAAUAAUUUGAUCCGGAUCUGAUCUGAUCUGAUCCUGAGAGGCAACACACAUCUAUUGCGCAAGUGGCUAAACGUAUCGCUUACAAUUGCGCUCAGGUGACACCUUUACACCGUGUGCAACAAUUACACCUGCUGCGGCGCUCGAGAACGCGGUCAUGUUCAUCAUUCCAAUCGGAGCUGAGCAUAAGAGACGCCAACUAACAUAACACUCGAUUUCCAAAGCUGUUCCAGGAUGUCGGACAUUUACUAUUGCAGCAACAGCCAGAUCAAAAAAUCUCGCGAUGCAGACAAAAAUAUUGGCGGCAGCAAUUCGACGGCAACAACAGUAACAAAUACAUCAGGAACCGUAGUAGCGGCAACAGCAGCAGCAGCGGACAAAAGGAACAGCAGCAACAGCAACAACAACAACAACAAUUGCAGCAACAAUCGCAAUAGCAGCAAAGACAAAAGCAAGGAGAUGCAAACAAAUGGCGGCAAAUCCAAUUGGAAGGGCCUCGUCCAAAGCAAUCCCAAUCCCAAUGGCAAUGGCAAUGGAAAUGGCACAGCAGUUGCCGCACAGCCGCCCAAGGUAUUCCACAACACACGCUGCACGCGACACCAUAAGCCUCAUCACUCCCACAGCAAUGGCAACGGACUUGUGCCGGCUGGAGUGGGCGCUGGGGCUGGAGCGGAUCAGCUGCACCAGGCACAGCAGCAACAGCAACAGCAUCACCUGCACAUGCACAGCCACAGUCAUACGCAUGCGCAUCAUGGACUGCGCCGCAAGUCCGAGUCCGUGCUGUCCACCGACUCGGACAUACGGUUCACACGCCGCAAGCUGGGCGACAGCCAGAAGUGCGGAUGCGCUGUGAUAGCCGGCUUCCUCAUCGCUCUGCUGGUGGCCGGCGCCUUCGUAUACGUGGGCUACACUUACUUCCGGCCGGAGCCGUUGCCGGACCGCGUGUUCCGCGGCAAGUUCAUGGUGCUCAACGACAAGUGGAGCAUGGAGCUGGCCAAUCAGAACUCGCUGCGCUUCCAGCACAAGGCGCGCGACUAUCGGGAGCGCAUCAAUCUGACGCUGCGGCGCUCGGACCUACGCGAAGCCUACGAGGGCAGCGAGAUUCUGGCCUUGGAUGGAAGCGAGGACAACAACAAUAUUGUGGUCCACUUCAAUAUGAUAUUCGAUCCGUAUGCGGGCCUCGUCAGCAGCGGGGAGCUGCUGGCCUUGUUCCACGAGGAGCUGAGCGAUCCGCACAGGCGGCACUUUGCCAACAUGACGGUGGACGUGGCGAGCGUGACGAUUAAGGAGACAACGGGCCUGAUCGAGGAGCCCAUCAUGUCCAGCUCGCCGCUGGGCGGCCACGACGAGACCACGGAGCCCACCAGCACCACGCCACGCCCACAGCCGCGCCGCUGCGAGCCGCUGCAGCUGAGCUACUGCCGCAACGUGGGCUACAACGUGACCACCUAUCCGAAUCUGCUGGGGCAUGCCACCUACGAGCAGGUGCUGGACGAUGUCAUUGUGUUCCGCGAGCUGGUCGACGGCGAGUGCUUCCGCGAGGCCUACGACUUUGUCUGCCGCCUGCUGCAGCCGCCCUGCGAGUCGCACGGCAUCAGCCAGGAGCCGACGCCCGGCGCCAUUUGCCGCGAGUACUGUGAGGCGUUCAUGGCCGGCUGUGGCGGCCGGUUGCCUGCCCGCUUCCGGCAGCACUUCGACUGCGAACGCUUCCCGGAGUCGACGGGCACCCAAUCCUGCCAGCAGAAGCCGCACUGUGUGGGCGACAUGCAGAGCAAUGUGCAGAGUCCGCGCCUCUGCGACGGCUAUGCCGACUGCCCGGAUCUGUCCGAUGAGCGCAGCUGCGCCUUUUGUGCCCCCAACGCCCUCUACUGCGGACGUGGACGGGCCUGUGUGCCGCGCAAGGCGCGAUGCGAUGGCAAGGCCGACUGCCCGGACGGCGCUGAUGAAAAGGAUUGCCUUUCAAUAGCUCCAUUGGCCGCGGAUCUCUUGCAGCCGGAGCCUUGGGUACCUUAUCUGCCGCGCUUCCAUGCCGCCGGCUAUGCUGUCUUCUCCGAGAAGGGCAUUGUAGGCAAGCUGUGCGCUGAGGGUCUAGAGGGUGAUGCCAAGCUGGUGGUACGCCAGACCGUCUCGGAAUCGCUAUGUAAAUCGCUGGGCUAUGAAUCUGUGGAGAUUUUUGAUGUACAAAAUGACACCGAACAGUUGUCGGACUACGUGCGCGUCUUAGACCCGCAUGCGCCGGAGAUUAGCUUCAUACGCACCCAUUGCCCCAAGAGACAAGUGCUUUACGUGGGCUGCGGCGAUCUGCGCUGCGGAGUGCAGUCGGCGCUGCCCAAUGCCAAGCAGCAUCUCUCGCUGCCCAAGAUGGCAGCUCCAGGCGACUGGCCGUGGCUGGUGGCACUGUUUCGCGAGGAUAUCCAUGUAUGCGACGGCACGCUCAUCUCGCCGGACUGGGUGCUGACCACGGAGAGCUGCUUCCAGGGUCAGCCGAGGGCCACCUGGAUGGCCAUUGUGGGAGCAGUGCGACUGUCAGCGAAAGCGCCGUGGACACAGCGACGUCGCAUCAUUGGCAUGAUUAAAAGUCCCGUUGAGGGCUCCACAGCCGCACUAGUGCGCCUGGAGACACCAGUCAGUUUCUCGGACCACGUGCGGCCCAUUUGCCUGCCCGACGCACUGCAGCGGCAGCAGCAGCAAACGCCGAUGCAACGGCGCGCCUAUGUCCCAGUGGCCGAGCGCCUGGAGGCGCCAGCUGCAUCGCACCCGCAGCGCCGCCUGGCCCAGGAGACGCAACAGUUCUUCCUCAUACCCUCGCAGCAGGAGCAGCCAGAGAGCUUGGAUGCCAGCACCGAGGAGCAUGAAGAAGACAUUGGCUAUGACCAUCUGAUGGCCGAGGCCGCCGCCUCCCAAAUGCCACGGGCCGAGGCACUGCAACAGUUGCCGGACGGAGCGGAUCCUCGUGCCCAGCUGGCCGCCUAUCCGCUGCCAGACAGCGCCCCACAGGUCAACUACUACGGCCCAUCCUCCGCCUCGCAGUCGUCCAAGACUACAAAGCCACCCAGUGCUCCGGAGCAAAUCUGGACGAACUGCAACACGCUCGGCUGGUCCCGACAGCGGGAUCAUCUGCAGCGAGUCCAGCUCAAGAUCGGGGACAUGGCGCCCUGUGAAAACAUCUCCAUAACGACGGUCAAUUCCAUGUGCAUGGAGGCCACCUACCAGAAAUACGACUGCACGCAAGAGGAAUAUUCUGGCGCGCCUGUUCAGUGCCUCAUACCGGGCACCAACCAAUGGGCACUCAUUGGCGUCUCCUCGUGGCGCAUCGCCUGCGGGCCGACGGGUGUGGAGCGGCCGCGCAUGUAUGACAAGAUUGCCUCCAAUGCGGAUUGGAUACGGGAGACAGUGAAUGCGGCGUAGACGCCAGGCGGCAUCAUAUCGUAAUCGUAAUUGU